CAACAGGAACCUCAUAUUGUUUCUUACGUCGCGUUCUCCAUUAUGCAUCAGUUUUGCAUUUUGCGAAAUGUGCACGUAUCUCCUGUAAAUGGUAAAGUUUAAGUGUGUUGACAAAAGCCAUACUGUGUUCCUGCUCAUCGUUUAAUCAAGAACAGUGUCAUGACAGUAUCUGUGCCUUUGUAUGAGCCAUAGGCAUAGGAAUAGAAUUUUCAGAUGAAAUUGGUCGUGGUGCUGGGGGCGAUAUUGCCAUAGUGCAUGAAAAGUGGCUGACGCCGGAAAGAAACAGGUGUGGUGGCCACCAUGUACGCAGCAAGUAUGAACAAGUAUCUACCAUAUAAGCAGUACGAUACCGGAAGAGUGUUUUUUGAGGAUGAUCUUGUACUUUUAUUACCAAUAGAACAUAAUGUAAUUUUGAGGCGCCUAAUAUCUAAUCAUUUGGCUACUUUUAUUUGGGAACUAGACAAGGAAAGAAGGCAUUCAAAACUUCAUUUCUCAACAAGGUUGUAAUAAACAGUGUUACAAAGUGAAAGGAACUAUAAGAAAGUUAUUAGUGAGCAUAAGUCAUUAGACAUGUUUGAAAGGAAGUUCAACAAAUACUUAAUAAAAUAAAUACCUCUCAGGUUGUGGCUUCACCUCAACAACAGUGUUGUAGAGUCAGGUAAUUCAAAUUUUGAAGUAUCUGAGGAUAUUUUGAGAAACGUGAGACAUUUAGAGCAAGAUUUUGACAAUAGUGGUAAUAUUGAACAAGAUCUAUGCAUCACCUAUAUGCGAGGUAGAUUCUUCACAACUAUGCGGCUCUAAGGACCCAAGAAUACAUCAAUGCUUAAUCUGAUGCUCACAAAACGAUUCUUUCAUUCACUAAGAUCAUAUUUAAGUAGAAAUCUAAUAUGCAAGGAAAUGUAUUAAAACAUAUCUGCAAAAGUUGUAUCUAUUUUCUUAUUUAUAUAUGUAUAUAAGUUAAUAUAUAAUUUAUUUUUAAAUUACAUAAAAUGUAUGAGCAG